AUGACGAAAACCAAUGGAUCCACCAACGGCGAGACCAUCGUCCUCACCACCGAAUCCGAAUACCCCCUCACGGUCAACGGUCUGCAAGACAUAGCAGCAUUCGAGCACACCGAAGCUGGACUUAGCUUGGUAUCCAAGAUCUCCGCAUCACCUGGAGCCCACUUCGCAUACAUCACGAGCCAUGCGCCAAUGCCACGUCCAUCAUGGAAGACCAUUCAGACGUCACCCACCACGCACACGGAUCCACGCAGUGCUUUGCUCUACAUGAACCACAGCUGUGCACCAUCCGUAGAAAUACAUACCUACAAACCCGAUGCAGACGGAAAGUACCCAUCCGCUCCGCCAAAUGGCGAACUCAAUGGCGAGAGUGCACACCUCCAGAGUGCUGGCCUUGCCGGCGAGGUCGUUGUCUCCAAAGACCGAGGCAUUGAACCUGGUGAUGCUCUAACAUUCUUCUACCCCAGCACGGAAUGGAAGUUUGACCGUCCCUUUGAGUGCCUGUGCGGAGCUCCAAAGGAUGUGUGCCUCGGAACAGUCCAGGGAGCUGAGCCUGUCGACCCCAAAAGACUUCAGAGAUGGUUCAUCAACGAUCACAUUCUUGAGAUGAAGCAACAGCAGAACUCCAAGAACUAG